AUGCCGUACUUGGAUCGACAGAACCGUAUCUGCGGGUUCCUGGACAUUGAAGAAAAUGAGACCUGCGGCAAGUUUCUGCGGAGGUAUUUCAUCCUGGACACCCAGGCCAACUGCCUCCUGUGGUACAUGGACAACCCUCAGAACCUGGCCAUUGGUGCGGGUGCUGUCGGAUCUCUGCAGCUGACCUAUAUCUCCAAGGUUAGCAUUGCCACCCCGAAACAGAAGCCAAAAACUCCGUUCUGCUUUGUUAUCAAUGCUUUAUCUCAGCGCUAUUUCUUACAAGCCAGCGAUCAGAAGGACCUGCAGGACUGGGUGGAGGCACUGAACCGGGCCAGUAAGAUCACGGUGCCAAAGGGUGGUAGCAUCCCACCGGCCACGGAGAUCACGAAGCCUCCAGUGGUGCCCCAGGCCCAGGAUAGGAAGCCCCAGGUGGCCUACAAAACUGAGAUCAUCGGGGGGGUGGUGGUCCACACACCCAUCUCCAUCAACCAGAAUGGGGGGGACGGAGGGGAGGGCAGCGACGUGGCUGCCCACCCGCUGCUGCGGCGCUCACAGAGCUACAUCCCCACCUCGGCCGCCAAGCCGCCCGCCGGGCCCCCCGUCCUCAAGAGCGGCUACUGCGUGAAGCAGGGGAACGGGAUGAGUAGGAAGAGCUGGAAGCGCCGGUACUUUGUUCUGGAUGAAUUUUCCAUCAGUUACUACAAGUGUGAGCAGGACAAGGAGCCCUUGCGUUCAAUUCUCCUGAAGGACGUCUGCAAGACCCACGAGUGCCUGGUCAAGUCUGGUGACCUCCUGAUGCGGGACAACCUCUUUGAAAUCAUAACGAGCUCCAGAACCUUCUACAUCCAGGCAGACAGCCCCGAGGAUAUGCACAGCUGGAUCCGAGUAAUCACAGGGGCAGUCCAGGCCCUGAAAACCCGCCCGAGGGAAAUGUCCUUCAUGAGAUCCACCUCCAUGGUCAAGCCUGGGGGCUCCACAGCCCCCUCCCAGCACAGGCAGGCAGCAGAGGAGAGGAGAGCGCUGUGCAAAGCCCCCUCCAUCUCCUCCUGGCAGCCCUGGACGCCGGUGCCGCAGGCGGAGGGGAAGCAGCCGACGCCGGAGGAGGCACCCAUGCUGCUGAGAGACUCGAUGUUCGUACCAGCCUUCACGGAGCGUGAUGCUGGAGCCGCGCUGGGCAAGCGCGUGCGGCACAAGUCAGAGCCGCAGCAUCUCAAGGAGAAGCCAUUCGCCUUCGAUCUGGAUGAUGAAAGCAUCCGGACCUCCGACGUCUGA